AGUAGAUCAGUUUAGCACAGAAUUCGCAAACGACUUGAAAGUAAAGCCAAUCGAAGCCAAUCCAAUCGGUUACGAGUAUCUACCGUAUAUAGAAGACCCUUCCGUCCAACACAGAGCUCCCCAAAGAUCGCAUCUCUAAUGCUCGUCUGGAACGAUAAACAGGAUACCAACUUCACAUUCAUUUGAGCAGAGUGCUCCCAGUUGCCAGUAAUCGGACCGGAGCCACCGUUUUGUACCCAAAAUAUUAGCAACAUUUUUGUUUGUGAUUUUUUUUUUGUUGUUUGUUGGGUUUUCUUCGAUUUUCUUUCGUUGAAUUGGGAAAAGGGCCGGCCUGGUGAUAAUGCCCAGCAGUGUUGCCAACGAGAAUCAGUUCCGAUACCAGAGCAGCCGCAGUCGGGCCAGCUGCCCAGUGAGCCGGAGUCCCAGUGAGCCGGAAUCCCCGGCGCCGGUGACGCCCAACUGCGAUGUAGUCGACCAGGCGCUGGCCGAGCUGCAGCUCCAGUCGCAGGAGAUCCGGCAGCAGCAGCAGGAGCACCUGGUGGCCACCACCACCACCACGAGCAGCAGCGGAAGCCGAAAGCGAUCCGGAUGGGAGAUUAAGGGCUCCAAGCUCUCACUUAACACGCACAAUCGCAUCCGGAACAUUGUCGAGUCGCUGAAGAUCAAGCCGAAUCCGGAGAAGCCCAUGAUACCGCUGUCCAUUGGUGAUCCCACAACCUUUGGCAACCUAAAAGCCGCCGACGAGACGAUGAAGGCGGUGCUGCGUUCGCUGGAGAGCGGCAAGUUCAAUGGGUAUGCCAGCACCCAGGGCCAUGAGGUGGCCCGCCAGGCGGUGGCCAAGUACAGUGCCCACCAGCGCAGCGAUGGAGAGAUCGAUCCCAACGAGGUGGUGCUCUGCAGCGGCUGCUCCUCCGCCUUGGAGUACUGCAUCCUGGCGCUGGCGGAUCGCGGGCAGAAUGUGCUGGUGCCGCGUCCAGGUUUCUGUUUGUACUACACGCUGGCCGAGGGACUGGAUAUCGAGGUGCGCUACUACGAUCUGCUGCCCGAUCAGCAGUGGCGCGCCGAUCUCGUGCAGCUGGAGAGUCUGAUCGACGAGAACACCGCCGCCCUGUUGAUCAACAAUCCGAGCAAUCCCUGUGGCAGCGUCUACGAUGAGAAGCAUCUGCGCGAACUGAUCGCCAUCUGUGAACGCCACUAUCUGCCCAUCAUCGCCGAUGAGAUCUACGAGCACUUUGUGUUCCCCGGCUCCAAGCACUUGGCCGUGAGCAGCCUGACCACGGAGGUGCCGGUUCUCUCCUGCGGCGGCCUGACCAAACGCUUCCUGGUGCCCGGCUGGCGAAUGGGCUGGAUCAUUGUGCACGAUCGCAAGAAUCGUUUGCGCGAUGCCAUUGUCGGUCUGAGGAACAUGUGUGGUCGCAUUCUGGGCUCCAACACCAUCAUCCAGGGUGCAUUGCCCGACAUCCUCACCAAAACACCGCAGUCCUACUUUGACGGCGUGAUCGACGUGCUCCACUCGAAUGCCUUGCUGGCCUACAAGAUGCUGAAGCAGGUGCGUGGCCUCGAGCCCGUGAUGCCCAACGGCGCCAUGUACAUGAUGAUCGGCGUGAGCAUCGAGCGCUUCCCGGAGUUCAAGGACGACACCCACUUUGUCCAGGAGCUGGUGAACGAGCAGAGCGUCUUCUGUCUGCCGGGCAGCUGCUUUGAGUACCCGGGCUACGUGCGGAUCGUGCUCACCGUUCCCGGCGCGAUGAUCGAGGAGGCGUGCUCCCGGAUCGCCGAGUUCUGCGAUCGCCACUUCAAGAAGGAGGCGCGCAACUUUAUUGAGCACGGAUUGCUGGAUUGCGAUGAUCUGGCUUUCUGAGCUGGGAGCAAAACAUUUAUUAGACAUUCUAGACUACAAUUUGUAUCAAGUGUACAUAGGUAUAUAAUAUAUAUAUAUCAAUCAUUUUAACUAUCCAAUAGAAGGAGUAUUGUCUCAAAAAAUUGCUGAAUAAGUAAAGCGCGUCACACACAGAUACAUAAAUAGAGUUUAGAAAGAGCGAGUAAUCUGCGGCUAAGUAAAUGGUCGUUAUGGAGGACUUCUGAAUAUAUAAAUAUAAAUAUAUAUAAUAUAACUAUA